UGGUCUGAUGAAAACUGGUUGAAGAAAUACGGCAGCGCGUCGUUAGAAUUACCUCCACCCGAGGAACCGCUGAUUGUUAAUCCAACAGACAAACCAAAGGAGCCGACGGAAGUGCUUGUGCUAUGCCUAUUCUCUGGCGGCGAUCGCUAUCAUGGGUCGUUUGUGUUUCUCCAAAUGUUCAUUCACUUCUAUUCCCUGCUACUACCUGAUCAUCGGUUUCUCGGUGCUGAUCAGAUGAUCAUGCGGUCAACACCUCAGGCAGUGCCAUCAAAUGUAGAUCCAGUCCCCGGGUUAUAA